GUAACCUCUGGUUAGUACUGCUACCUUGGGGAUAGUUGUUAAGCUUAAUAUAAAUAAUCAUAGAUUUAACUUCAUUUUGAUUUGGUCAAGUUGACUGUGUUUAUGUUAUUUUUUAAUGUUUUAUUUGUGUCAAGAACUCUUGUUUGGUUGAGAAAGAACGUGUAAUUUAAUUCUUUUAUUCAGAAUAAAAUCACGUAUAAAACAAUCUUAGAAAUUAAAUUACAAGAUUCCAAUAAACAAGAAGAUGAACCAGAUUUUCGUUCAAGUUGUGAAGAAAGGUGACAAGGAUUUUACGAUCCAGAAUAUUUCUACGGAUAAAAAAAUUUGGUAUUUAUUACCAAAUGAACACAAGGACCUAAAACUCCACACAGUGUUGUCAAAACUAUAGCUAUUAAAAUGGAUGACGAAAUUCGCAACACAUAUUUUGAUGACUCGAAUAAUGUGUGUUUCAAAGAAUUACCCUUAGAAGAAUAUGUUCCUUUAGCUCCGACGGGGUCUCGGGUUGUUGAACCUUCACAACUAGAAUUAGAAGAUCGAAUUAAACGUUUAGAGCGUCAGCUAAAAUUGAACGCUACUCCUGAUGGCAUAGAAUUGCAACAAAUCGAAAAAAAAUUUGUAUUAGAAAAAUUCGAUAGGAAACAAAACAACCCCACAGAGUGGUUGCAUAGAUUUGAAGAAGAGUGUAACCGAAACCAGAUAAUCACGGAUAGUCUUAAGAUUCAGGCUUUAAAUUUUUAUUUAAUUGGACCAGCAAAAGACUGGUAUGAUACUAUUAUAAGGAAAAUAGGGCUAUUUGCUUCUUGGACAAGUUGGAAGGAUUCUUUUUUAAAUGUUUUUGUUGAUAAGGGUUGGUCCAUCGUUAAAAAGGCUUUUAAUUUUAAAUUUUUAGGCGGGUCUUUAGUUGACUAUGCGCUGGCAAAGGAAAAGCUAUGUCUUGACGUUGAACCUAACGGCAGCGAAAUAUCUCGCAUUAACCUAAUAGUAGUUGGUUUACCUAGUGAGGCUCAAGAGAAGCUUGAUAGGGAACUGAUUACCUCACUCGAUGAACUCUAUACAGAACUCCGAAAAUUGGAAGGCACAUUCCAGAGAAAAAAAACAGAGAACCCUUCCAGACCAAGGUUGAACGAUACGCAUACAGCUAUGUUGAACAAAAGACUUGAGUCCCAGCCGAAAAAUGAAUCCCAACGGAAACCAUGUUCGUUUUGUGCUUCUCUUGGUUUUAAAAAUCGAUACCAUUCGGUAGCUGAAUACCAGAAUCACACUAUGAACACCCGACGCGACGCCAUGCGUGCACACGCCACCUGA